CCAACUCUGAUCCAGCGCGAACGGUCGCGUCUGCACACCAGCCAAUUAAGCGCCAAGCGCCAACAUACCUCCGCUAGCAUCUUCUCUCUCUCUCAAUUACCCCAUCCACCCCAUCCACCACCUCACACUCCCCUCCCCAACCAAGCCCUGCAAAGGCCUCAUCAUAAACCUCCCACAGUCUCCAUGUCUGAAGCACAGUCCCGCCCCGCGCGUGGCAGAAGCACUGCCCGUGGCGGCAGAGGCGGCCCAGCCACUCGAGGAUCGCGUUCCAGCAAGCAGACAAACGGCGAUCACUCGUCAUCAACAAUCGACACAUCUGCAGACCAGGGCGAGCUGGGAGAACUUAAGAAGCGAUAUAUCUCGCAAUUGACCACACUCAAGGAGCUGUUCCCUGACUGGGCUGACGUGGACCUCGUGCUGGCAUUGGAAGAAUCUGAAGGCGAUAUUGAGAGGACAGUCGAGAAGAUCUCCGAAGGCAAUGUGUCCCAGUUCGCAGAGGUAAAGAAAGCUAAAGACCGAUCCCGCUCCAAGGUGAAGGAUGCAGGUGCUCCCACAGAAACUACAUCGGCGACCCGAGGAGCAGCUGGACGUGCUCGUGGUGGUGACAGUGUUCGCGGACGUGGUCGCGGCACAGAUCGUGGCCGUGGAGGUUUCCGUGGUGGAAAUCGUGGAGGAGCUACCAAUGGUACACGCACUGCUGGUGCGCCCUCGAUUCCGACCACAGAGUCCAAUGCUUGGGAUGUUUCCACUCCCGCCGAACUUAAAGAGGCCUCUCAACCACCUGCUGCUGUCGAGCCAGAAGCUAGCAAACCUGCUGCACCCGCUGCCCCUGCAAAGAAGACUUGGGCUAGCAUGUUCGCUCCGGUUCCGAAACCAGUUGCACCCAAGCCUGUCGCAAAGCCGACUCCACCCUCCGAAGAACCAGGUCCUGUGCCUGCCGAAACCCCUGCUAGCGAGGUCGCACAAGAAGCCGCCGUGGAGGCUGAGGAAUUGCCCAUCCCACCCGUGGCUGAUGAGGUCGCCGAAGAACCUCCAAUUCCGGUUGAGGAUACUUCCAAAUUGACACCCGAUAAGCUGCCAGAGACUCCUGGCCCCGAGCUUACCCUUACGCCUUCUAAAGACGAAUUAACCAAGGAUAACGUCGAACACUUGCCGGAUGAGUCGCAACCUCCACCCACAGAGACAGCUGCCAGCACGGUUGCUAGCUCAAAGGACAUUGGAAGUUUGGCGAGCGUCGCGACUCCGUUGGGUACUCCCGGCCAGGCACCUAUCGGCCGUCCCGCAUUGGGUGGUUUCCAAACGUCUGCGCUCAAGGCGACAUCGGCCGCGAACCGCAGUGCUAGUUUCCAGAGGAAGAUUCUAGAGCAACAGGAGGCGGUUGUCAUGCCGGGCAAGCAUGCUGUGAACCAGGCAGCUGUUCAAUUUGGUAGCUUGGGUCUCAAUGGAGACGCAGACGCAGACAGUCUGGACGUUGAUGAAGAUCGUGAGGAAGCAGAGACUAGGACUCAACCCCCUCAACAUUCCCCCGUUGCUCAGCCGAGGGCAUCGCUACCACCCGCCCCUCGACAAGCUGCGCCAAUCGAGACUCAACCCCAGGAAAUUCCCACUCCCAAACAGGCUCCGGGGCUACCUCCUCCACCCCAGCAACAGCCUUUAUCCCAACAAUCACCUCCCGCAUCAAUGGCCUCGCAGGCAAUGCAAAAUCAGGGCUCUCAAAGCAACCAACCCUACAACCAGUUUGGACGCUACCCACAAGCCGGAAUCCAGUCCGAAGUCACUGCGCAGCAACAAAAGGCCUACGAUCCGUUUGGCCAGCAAGCCCCUCAGCCGAACCAAUACGAUUACCCUGGCCAACAACACAAUCAAUCUCAUUCGCAGAUUGGAGGCUUCUCCAGUGGACCUGAUGCAUUCGCCUCACAAUACUCGACAUCCGACCAACAGCGCCUUGCAUAUCAACAGUAUUAUGGAGGUGCCUACGGUCAGCAAGGAAGCCAAAGCCAGCAAGAAGCUGGCUCCGCUCAGCAACGCACAGGAAGUGCUUUUGGUUCCGGACCCCACGACUCGACCUUCCCCCAGAGUCAGACCCAGCAGCCGUCGCAGGGUAGAUACAAUGACGCUCAGAAUAGCGGUCACAACACGCCCAAUCCUACUUUGGGCGGACAGCAGCCUACUGGCCCUUCGUCACAGAGCCAGCAUAUGCACCAGCAACACGCCGCUCAUCCCGGACACAACAACAACUACCCGUACAACCACCCAUACUAUGGCAGCCCGUACUAUGCUAACUACAUGAACCAAUACGGCGGAUAUGGACAAGGAGGAUACAGCAACUUCGGAAUGGGAAAAUAUGGUCAGCCUAACCACUACGGAAUGUCUCCUCAGACUUCCUUUGACCAACACUCGUCUUCUCCGGCUAAUGUUGGCGGAUUUGGUGCCUCUUCCAUGCAUGGACGAGACAGCGGCUUGAGUGGAGGACUUGGUGAUUAUGGUCGAUCGGCCUCAGGCACCUCCCAAAACCAGCACAGCGCAACGGCUGGAACGGCUGGAUUUGGAGGUCUUCCCGACGUUUUUGGAGGCCGUUCUCAAGGCGGAUAUGGGGCCCAGAAUGCCUAUGGUCAACAGCAGACUGGACAGCAGGGAAGCAACGACGACGCCUUGAAACCCUUUGGUGACAGCAAGAGCAGCGGACCUAGCCCUUCUGCUCUCGGCGCUCAACCCGGACGACCUGGAUCAGCCACGAACAACACCGCUGGAGGCCAAGGCGGUCUUCCGCAAGGCUCACACCAGCAGGGCUUUGGUGGUGGAUAUCCCGGUCAUGGACAGGGCAACCAAUACGGAGGUCUUGGCGGAUUGGGACAUCAAGGCGGCCACCAGGGCGGCGGGAGCCACCAGCAAGGCAGCUAUGGAAACUAUGGUGGAUUUGGUGGAGGUGGCUACGGCGGUGGUAGCUACAACCGUGGUGGUUGGGGCAACAGCUACGGCCAGCACUAA